GGUAAGUACCUACUACCUAGUACCUAAUUGCUGUGCUUCUUUCAAUCAAAUUAUUUGCCAACACAGUAUUAGAGCACAUAGACUGCGAAAGACUAGCAAAGACGGUGAACAAACGAAGUGUGAUACUUACAAACUUCAUGCUCAGUAAUUUAGUGGAGGCGACAGCACAACUACUUUCUAAUACCACACUGUUGACGACCUUACUAUUAGAAGGACUACCGCUGAAGAUACCAUAUUUAAAUCCCUUGUGUGAGGCUCUAUUAACAAAUAGUUCUUUACAACAUCUACACUUGCCACGAUGUCUCAUUGGGGACGCCGGCUGCUUGGCUAUCUGUAAAUCUAUUAAGUGUCUACCUAACAUUCUGACUCUGGAUCUGUCAGGAUGCGAUCUGACGCCUUUAGGAGCUGGAUAUAUCGCGGAUUUAGUUAAGUACCAAAAGAUCCACAGAUACAGUGAGAACUGGACACAUACACUUCGGUACCGACUGCCUGAACUAGACGCGAUGGCAGGUUUACGGAGAAUCACAUUGUGUGCCAACCCUCAACUAGGAGAUAUUGGAGUUUGCAAAUUACUCGACGUCCUUUCGGAUGAUUUGUGGAUUAAAGCGUUGGACGUUCAAAUGUGCGGUAUAACGGAGAAUACAUCGGCCGCUAUCCAACAGAUGAUGUCGUCAAACAAGACUCUUGUAGUAUUAGAUAUAAGGAACAAUCCAGAUGUGACCAGUGAAUCACUUUCCAAAGUUCGCUCGCUGCUCAGGGAAAACGAAAGGGGGAUGGAAGGGAAGUUUUCGUGGCUUGCUAGCAGUGGAUCUUCUAGUGAAAAGUUCAUGAAAUCCGUGACAUCCAGGUGAGUAUGAUUUAAUUACACUGUAAUAAACUUUAACGUAGUUAAAAUACAUUUUUGAUUGGAUGCGAUAAGCUAGACUGAGUUAUUUGAGUGAUGAGUAAGAGACCUAUGUACGAAAACGGGCUUCUAAA